AUGGCCGGUAAGGAAGGCGCGUCGGCGCGCCGAGUACUGCUGAAGGACCAGCAAGCGCGGCUAUUGGUGGGCGCCUCUCCGGAACUAGCGAGUGCGCACGAGCGCGACUUUGCCGACGGCGUGCGGCUCCUCCUGCGCUAUGGCAGCGAUACAUCGCUUGGGCCCAAUCGGGGGGCGCUUUGGGGCCCGUCCGCUGCGCCGCUCGCUCCGGGGCAGGGCGAGGUCGCAGCCUUGCUCCCGACGUGGUACACACAGGCAAAUGCGACAAAGAACAAGAAGCAGAUCAUGGAAGGAAAAGUAACCGCAGAGGCAGGGCGCAGCGCCAAGGAGACCCAGCGCGAGGCCGCGCCUGUGCCGGCUAUCGACGCCGCACUCUCUCUGGACGCCAAGGCGGGCAAGCGAAAGGAAAACGCGUCAUCAACCCUCUCGGAACCCACGCGUGCAGCUGCUCCGCCUCUCAAAGCGCCCAAGCUCGAUCGACAAGGUCCCAGCCUCGCCCAAGGGCGGCAGGGCACGAGUCUGCCGAAAGAGCCGCCCGGCCAAAGUGCGACCAAAUCUCCACGCCCAGGCGCUGGGGCCAGGGCGACGCCCUCUGGCGCGCGUGCGCCGGCGCGCAAGCAAACGGUGGACCCCAAAGCCGGUCUUCGCGCGCUCCUCCAGCAGAAAAAGCAGCAAGAGGCCAAGCCGAAGCCGAGCGGCGGUGGCCUUGCCGACUUUCUUAGCCAGCUGUAA